GGCAGCCAUCGCUGUGUCUAGUCCUCCAGGGCAGCGUUUGGCGCUCUUCUCUAUGGCAGGUUCCCGGCGCCCCGGUCUUCCUGGUAGGGCGGAGAACGGAGGUUGCUUGUGUAAUAGGCUGGGAAGGUAAUGAGAGUUGGUGGUGUUGGGGACACUCAACGGUCACCAUGAGGGAGAAGAAAGGAAGACGGCGGAAACCAGGAAGGAAAGAGGAGCCGGGGACAAUGAUGGAGUCAACAUCAACAGAUGACUUCAUAGUAGCAGGCAGCUCUAAGGCUGCUUCCAAGAAAUCGCACAAUAAAGGAUCCCCAACAGAUGUUUCUCCGGACUCAAAAUGUCCCAUAUGUUUGGACCGCUUUGAAAACAUAUCGCACUUAGACAGAUGCCUCCAUAGGUUUUGCUUUAAAUGUAUAAAGGAAUGGUCAAAAAACAAAGCAGAAUGUCCUCUAUGCAAGCAGCCAUUUCAUUCUAUAUUUCAUAGUGUGCGAGCUGAAGAUGAUUUCAAAGAAUUUGUUUUGCGUCCCACUUUAAAUGGCUCUCUUGCCAGUCCAGAUGGGCAGAGAUUUCGCUAUCGUACUACAAUGACCGGGGAUAGUAACUUGCCCAUGCGAACGAGAUCUUCUGCACACAGAACAUUUACACCUCCAGACAAUGGUGUUCUGUUUGAGGGAUAUACAACUAGACAAUCUCAUCAAAGGGGCAGCAAUAUUCAACAGAUGAUGAGAAGGCUAGCUUCCAGACGACAAGCAAGUGCAGAGGGAAGAACAAUGAGACAAAUUCAAGAGCAGGAGCUCAUAAACUUCAGGAGAGCACUUUACCGAUCUGGAAUACGCGUCAGGAAUAUUCAGGAUGGAGGACGCUACCGUGAUAUAUCUGCUGAAUUCUUCCGCAGAAAUCCUGCUUGCCUUCAUCGGCUUAUACCCUGGCUUAAGCGGGAAUUGACAGUGUUAUUUGGCACUCAUGGUUCCCUUGUUAACAUUGUGCAGCACAUCAUUAUGAGCAAUGUUACUCGAUUUGACAUGGAAAGUCAAGCCUUCUUAGAGGAUUUGCAGCCUUUCCUGCUUCACCGUACAGAACACUUUCUUCAUGAGUUCAUUAAUUUUGCACGCUGCCCUUAUAAUAUCGAUGCAUAUGACCAGCAUGCCAACUAUGAUUGUCCUGCACCUUCAUAUGAAGAAGGUAGUGCAUCAGAAUCCUCUGUAAUUACCAUAUCCCCAGAUGUAGUUGAUACAAGAGAUCCUGAUGUGACUUCCUCUUCUGUUGAAGUUGGUCAAGCUCUCUGGGAUGAUGAAACGCCCGGACCUUCCUACUCUACGGUGGAGCAGUUAACUACUUUAGAUAGCUCAGAUGAGGAACCUUCAAGUAGUAGACUGGAGUCUGCCAAUAUAAAUAAAGAAGCUACUGAUGAUAUUCAGAGCCAGAGCAUUCCUUCUGAUGACUGCAUUAUAGUGGGUUUUGUUAAACCACUUGCAGAAAGAACCCCAGAAUUAGUUCAGCUCUCUUCUGAUUCUGAACUUUCCCUUUGUGAAGUGAAGAUUGAACAAACUAAAAAGACCCAAGAAAAACCUUUUACUUUAUAUGACAGCAGUGAGUCGCAUAGAUCUUCCAUUUCUUCAUCUCGAUCAAGUGAUAAGCCAUCACGCAAAAUGAAACAAAAGCAGAAGACACCCAGUGACAAAUCUCAUUCAAAAAAGAAGAAAGAAAAAAGAUCAACAGAUAUAUCUUCUAAAAAAUUGUUUGAAUCCACAAAAGACAAAAAACAUGGUUUCAUUGAAGGCACAUCAAAGUGGCGGGAACGUUCUUUGAGCUCUGAUUGUUAUUCUCGUUCUUCUCGCAAUAAGGCUUAUGACAGUCACAAAAAGUGGCACAGUAAGGAUAAAGAAAGAACUAAAUCUCGAGAAAAGAAGCAUAAAAGCGGGAGAGAAAAGAGGCGAUCACGUAGUAGAGAUAGAAGUUCAUCUUGGAGGAGUAGAACUGUUUCUUUGUCAAGUGAAAGUUCCAGAGAGCUAAAUAGAUCCAGCUCUAGAAAUAGAAAGCAUAGCAGAGGGAGGUCGCAAAGUCGUGACAUUGACAAUACAGACAACUAUCGCAGUACUUAUCACUGGGAGUAUACAUACUAUAGCAGAAACCGUAAUGGAGAAGAAUUGCAAAAGUCCUAUAAAAAACAUUCCCGUGGUAGAGGCCAUUACUCGAGAUAUUCUGACAGUCCUGAUUACCAUUUACAGGCCUUUUCUCAAAAGAAAGAGCCAAGGAAGCGCAGAGGAACUAUUGCUGAUAAGCAUCAUCAUCAAUCAAGAAGCCGAUCAAACAGCAGUCGUGCUACUAUAACUAGUGCACAACAAACCCAGUCUGACAAACCCAGUGGUAAGAGGAAAUAUAAAACCCGACAUUUGGAGCCACAGAACAAAAAUAACAACAAUGGUGAGACAGAAGUUGCCAAUGGAAAAGAGGCUCAUACACAGACAGCCUUAAGAGACUUUGAGGAUAGUUUGUUGGAUAAAUCUUCAAAUGAACACAAGCCUAAAUGGAAGAAAAGGACAAGGAGCCCCAGUGUGGAGAUUGUGUAUGAAGGAAAAAGCACACCAGAUGUCAAACAACAUAAAAAGAAAAAGAAGAAACACAAGAAGAAACGCAAACAUGAAAAGAGUUCUCCAGUUGUCAUCAGAAUUGACAGUGAUAGUGACACUCCAGAGAAACUCGAUGUGCCGAGCAGUAAUGAUGUUGAUACACUGCCUGGUAAAAGUAACAGCAUGGAGUCUAAUAUAGAUCUGAUCAAUGACUCGCCAAGUACCUCAGCACCUGUUCACACCAUAGACGGAGAUUGUGGGGAAGCCGCAAGCCCUUUUUCCAAAGCUUGCAAUCUGACAUCAGUUAAUGACUAUCUUGAUGCUGCCUCAGAGAUACUUGAUGGAUUAUAUUUUGAUGACAGUUUGGAUGGAGAAACUCUUCUGCAAGCACCCAGUCCACCUAAAACACCUCUUCUUGAUGAAACUGUAGUGACUGAGCUUCCCACAUCUGAUUUCAAAGUGUCACAGGACAGAGAAAAUUCUACUACACCCCCUAUAACAUCCUCACAAGAAACUCUUGCUGGGAAGUCACAAGAAGUAUUUCCUGAGACUGUCUGUGAACAUUUGCAAAAUAUGCCUUCAAUUUCACCACCUCUAAUGGCCUCUGAAGAAAGUACGGCAGAUAACUUGCAAGAUACAUUUGCUGAGAAUAUCUGUGAACAUUUGGAAGAUAUAGUAGAACACCUUUCUCCAACAAUUUUAUGAUCAUUUUUUUCUUAUGUAAAAUCAAUGUUCUUUUUAACUUAAAGUUCAACUUUCAUUUUACCAUUUAAUACAAUAUGAAGAUCAUAAAAACAAACGGCCCUU